AUGGUUUCGCGAAACAUUGCUGUCGCUUCAGCUGAUUAUUUACGUUUGAAGGAACGCCGUGGUCAUUGGCACAACGAACCACGUCGUCCUUCUAUUGAUGAUCAACAUCGUGAACGGCAUCUUGCUAUGCUCCAACUGCAGGAACACCUAGGUCAACCGGGAACGACCACCCAUGAAAUCGAACGUUUAAUGGGUACACCAACGAAAAUUCUCGAUCAACCUGAUGAAACACUUGCUCAUGAACUGAAACGCAAUCAUGAACAAUACGUGUUUCCUCGUGAUGCGAAAAUCUGGAUCUACGAAUGGCGCAACAAUCAUGAUUAUAUCUAUUAUAUUAUCUCGAAGGAUAAUAAAGUUAUUCAAUCAGCUUGGUAUUAUUCAUUUGAAUAA